AUGGUUACUCUGCACAGAAGCUCCUUGCUGGAACUUUCUUUUGAAAAACUGCCAAAGAAGGAGGAGCAUGGCAAUCAAAAUGCAAAUCGUGGGAAAGGAGGAAGUGGUGGGGUGGAAACAGGAUCUCCAUCCUUUGCCGGAGCACAACAAGAUGGCCAUGUCCCAGAAGUCUGGCAAAUUGACGAGCAGACAGAUCACUACAAGGAAAGCCAAGACAAACUUCUGUGGCAAGCUGCAUUCACAGUCAAGGAAACACUGAAGGAUGAAAGUGGUCAAGAAUGUAAAAUAUGUAGAAAAAUCGUUUAUCUCAACACAGACUUUGUUUCUGUGAAACAAAGACUCCCUAAGUAUUACUCAUGGGAAAGGUGUUCAAAACAUAAUUUAAACUUUCUUAGUCAAAAUAGAAGCUAUGUAAGAAGGAAAGAUGAUGGAUGUAAGGCAUAUUGGAAAGUAUGCCUCCAUUCUAAUCUUCAUAAAGCUCAACCUGCAGAUAAAUUUUUUGACCCUAAUCAACGAGGGAAAGCCCUCCACCAAAAGCGAGCCCUUAAUAAAAAUCAGAGAAGUCAAACCGGGGAGAAACUCUACAAAUGUACUGAAUGUGGAAAAGUGUUUAUCCAGAAAGCAAACUUAGUUGUACAUCAAAGAACUCACACCGGAGAGAAACCUUAUGAAUGCUGUGAAUGUGCAAAAGCCUUCAGCCAGAAGUCAACCCUCGUAGCACACCAGAGAAUUCACUCAGGGGAGAAGCCCUAUGAAUGCAGUGAAUGUGGAAAAACCUUUAUCCAAAAGUCAACUCUGAUUAAACAUCAACGAACUCAUACAGGAGAGAAACCAUUUGUAUGUGGCAAAUGUCCAAAAGCCUUUAAGAGUUCAUAUCAUCUUAUUAGACAUGAAAAAACACACAUUAGACAAGCAUUUUAUAAAGGUAUUAGAUGUACUAAGUCCAACCUUAUAUAUCAAAGGAUUCACACAAGUAAGAAACCUGAGCGCAGUGAACAUGGGAAAGCCUCUGAUAAGAAGCCCAGUCCCACUAAACAUUGGAGAACUCAUACAAAAGAGAACAUUUAUGAGUGUAGUAAAUGUGGGAAAAGCUUCAGAGGAAAGUCACACCUCUCUGUUCAUCAGAGAAUUCAUACAGGAGAGAAACCCUAUGAAUGUAAUAUAUGUGGGAAGACUUUCAGUGGAAAGUCACACCUCUCUGUCCAUCAUAGAACUCAUACAGGAGAGAAACCCUAUGAAUGCAGAAGAUGUGGGAAAGCCUUUGGGGAGAAGUCAACCCUUAUUGUACAUCAGAGAAUGCAUACAGGAGAGAAACCCUAUAAAUGCAACGAAUGUGGGAAAGCCUUUAGUGAGAAGUCACCACUGAUUAAACAUCAGAGAAUUCAUACAGGAGAGAGACCCUAUGAAUGUACUGACUGUAAAAAAGCCUUCAGUAGGAAGUCAACUCUCAUUAAACAUCAGAGAAUUCAUACAGGAGAAAAACCUUACAAAUGUAGUGAAUGUGGGAAGGCCUUCAGUGUGAAAUCAACUCUCAUCGUGCAUCACAGAACUCAUACAGGAGAGAAACCUUAUGAAUGCAGAGACUGUGGGAAAGCAUUCAGUGGGAAGUCAGCUCUCAUUAAACAUCAGAGAAGUCACACAGGAGAUAAAAACCUAUGA